AUGAGCUACGACGAUAGGAGAGGAUAUAAUGAUAACAAUCGCUGGCGAUCGGGUUCCAGCCAUAAUAAUACAAGAUACAGAGACAAGUCUCCAGACAGGGAGAGCCGACGCAGCUACCGCGACAGAGCUCGAGACGAUGACAGGGAUGACCGGGAGUUUCGCGACCGAGAAAAACCCAAAGUGUUGAAGGUUAAUGUCAAACCCUCUGGAUUACUCGCCAAAGAAUCAAAUAAUGCCCAAGGAAAGAAGCUGAAGUAUGCUCCACCAGUUGACGAGGCAAUACCCCAAGCAGACACCAAACCCGAAUUCUAUCUUUACAUGUUCAAAGGAGAAGAUCCAACGCCGAAAAAAGUACCUCUCGUGGGUUUCAAGUCUUUUUUUUCGUUGGGGAGCGAGGAGGGAUCGGUGGACAUAGUGCUUGAUGACCCUAAGGUAUCCAGACAACACGCUGCGAUCCAGUUCAAACAAGCACUCAACGACGAUGGAGGCGGGACAAUAAAGCCUUAUGUUAUUGAUCUGAGCUCACGCAAGGGGACUUUUUUGAAUGACGAGAAGAUCCCAUCGUCCAGGUUCGUGGAGCUGAAAAACAAGGACUCUAUCAGGUUUGGAGAUAUUGACUCUGAGGUCGAAUUUUUGUUGAUUAUCAAUUGA